AUGGUGGUCCUCGACGAGGAGGCAGACGCCGACGACGACGAGAACAAGAAGGUGAAGAAGAAGAGCAAGGAACACAGGAAAGAAAAGACUGUCAAGAAACGAACGAUCGAUAACUCCCAAGAGAAGAAAAGAAAGAAGGAUGAGGAAGAACAACAACAACAGCAAGGAGAAAAAGGAAAAGAGAAGAAGAGAAAAAUAAGACAAACCAGAACGGAGGCGGCGAGUGCAAAAGUUGAAGAGCUUAACAUACUUAGCUCGGAGAUGACGUGCCGAAUAUGCGAGCAGACGCUCGUCGCGAAGAAGUUCUCCGCUAAACAGCUGCUCAAAGCGAAACCGGCGUGUAUGGAGUGCUCGAAGAAGCGAGCGGAGAUGGCGGCGACGAAUGGUGGUGGAGGUAAAAACGUAAAGCCAGAGAGGUUGAAAAAGAUGACGAAACGCGAAAAGCUCGACGCGGCGAUUCAGCGGCGAAAACAACAAAGGGAAGAAAAGAGAAAGAGAAAUGAGGGCGCCGCAGAUAACGAUAACGACGACGGAGAAAAGAAAGACGAGCGCGAAGAUGAUCCCGCGGCGGCUGGCGAAGAUGCGCAAAAAGAGUUUGUUCCGGCGAAGAUGGUACCAUCGAAAACGGAACGAGAUGUAGACGAAUCUGAUGAAGUCGCACAGCGCUCGAUGUAUUGCGGAGGUAUCCCUUUUCACAAAACAGAUGAGGAUAUAAGAGCUGCGUUUGAUGAGGAAGGUUUAGAUGUCGAUAGCGUCGAUUGUAUGGUAUUUGCUGAUUCGGGCCGUUUUCGUGGCAUCGCUAUAAUCACUUUUCACAACGUCGCCGAUCGCGACGAAGCUUUGAAAUUCGACGGCGAAGACUGGGAAGGAUUUGUAAUGGUUUGUAAACCGUAUAAAGUAAAGAAGGCUGACGCAGAUACGAAAGAUCCGCCGAAAAAAAUAGAUGGCCAACGCGUCGUGUUUGUCGCGAAUUUGGAUUAUUCCGUGACGGAAGAUUUAUUGCGAGAAACUUUCGCUCAAGGUUCUGAGAUCAAAGAAAUUCGCAUGGGUUUGGAUAAAGAUACGCAAGAUUUCAAAGGCUUUGCGCACAUAGAGCUUGUAUCGGACGGUGAUCUCGCGCGAGCUUUGAAAAAAAAUGGAAAAGAGUUAUUAGGACGCGAAAUGAAAGUUGCGUACGCGACGGAGAGAAGAAAAAAUCCAACGGCUUCUUUCGGAAAGGGAGGAGGGGAAGGAGGACAGAUGAAGAAGAGAAGCAAGAAAAGUAGCGGAAACAUUGAGAGGAAAUGA